UGUUAUGAGUAUUAAAACAAAAAAAAAAGAGAAUAAUUAUUAAGGAUAUAUUUAAAUAAGAAUAAUCAUGGCAUAUAUCACAUAAUAUUUCUAAAUGUAUAUCAAUAAUGUAGUUGAAGUUAUUGUGCAAAGUCCAAAUAAAUUGUGUGUCAACAAAAAAAAUAAAUGUUUCGACUGGAAUAAGUCUUAUUUUUAAAAAAAAUUAUUGUUUAGUAAAUACGAGCAACCUGCAGUUACUACAUGACUACCCAAAUAUCACUACUAAAUUUAUAAAAUACGCAGAAAAAAAGGAUUUCUUGCCGCAACAAAAUUUUAAUUUGUACCAAGAAAUUUUAUGCAUUAUGAAUUAAAUACAAAAAUUGUCUUGGGGCGAGAAAAGAUUUUUUUGGUCAAGAAAUAAUUCCUUGCACCAUGUAAUUUUUUCUAGUUCUAAAUAAAUUUUUGUUUUCAAUCCACAAUGCAAAAAACUUCUUGGGGUAAGUAAAAAUUUUCUUUAGGCGAGUAAAGAUUUUUUGUGUCAAUGAAUCCUUUUUUUUUUUUCUAUGCACACUUUUUUGGCUUUGAGAAGCUUCCUAAAACCAAAAGGGAGUAGAAAAAUCUGUCAUUUUGGAAUAAGAAACGCGAUAUAAAUAAUAUAGCUAUAUAUUUAGUCAUAUUUAGUGACAGAAUAAUUAAAGUAUUAAUUUAUUUAAAGAAAAUAAAUACGAUCGUCUUUUUUCUCGCGUAAUUUAAAUGUAAUUCGAAUGACAUAGAUAAAUCUAUUUAUCUCAAUACUUGGCAAUUAACAAGAGUUUAAACUAUGAAAAGGCACAAAUUCAAGUCAAGACCUAUCUAAUGAUACCAAUUUCAAUAACGUUAACUAAUUUUAUCAUAUAGAUACGGCGGGAACAAAAUUUUCCUUAUUCUCUUAAUAAUAUAGAAUAGAUAAGCGCAAUUUAGAAAAAAUAAAUAUAUACGAUUCUAUAGUAUUAAAUACUGUAACUAAGCAACGAGUAUCUGUUAUUGAUACAACGUAAUUAUAUAUUUAUUUGAAAGAUUAAUUUUGAAUUAAAUUUAAAAAAAUGUCACGAAUAGAAAACUUGAAAUUAAGUGAAAUUUGUGUAUCCCUACAAUCUGAUGAUAAAAAAAAGCGAUUACAAGUUUUAGAGAAACUGCGUGAUAUUAUUAGCGAUGAUGCUGAGCAAUGGAGUAAACGUGAAAUUUUAGAAAUAUGGCAAAUAAUGAAUAAGCAUAUGGUAAAAAUAUUAACUGACCCGGCAGAAUCUUGUCGUGAUUUAGCGAUUGAAAUAAUAAAAAUAUUUAUUAAUUUAUUACCAAUUAUUGAAAAAAAUAUUGUGUACAUUAUUCCUAUUUUUGUUCGUCGUUUGGGUUCUCAAGAACUUUUAGAACCUUCAGAAGAAGUUCGUCUCAAUUGUGUUAAUCUUCUUCGUUUAAUAAUAAGUUUUUAUAAAGAUCAUUUAUCUGUUUAUAUUGAUGAUUUUAUAACAAUUUUAUCUAAAACUGUGACUGAUAACUAUCCAAAAGUUAAGAGAGAAAGUUGUGAGGCUAUUUCAGAACUUGCUAAAACUAUUCCCGUUCAAUUUUAUUCUAAAAGUGAAAUUUUGAUAAAACCAAUACUUAGUAAUUUUACUCAUCAGCAUUAUCGAGUAAGAGUCAGUAGUGUUAAAGCUAUUGGCGAUGUUGUUCAGUACGGGAAUAAUAAAUCUAUUGAAGAAGUUUCAACACCAUUAGCUGAACGACUUUUUGAUCAAAGUGGAGCCGUCAGAACAGCUGUUAUUGAAGUUGCUGGUUACUGGCUUUUAAAUUUACGAGAUAGAUAUAGUUGGUGGUACAGAUUAAUUCCACUUCUUGUCACUGGUCUCCAUGAUGAAAUUAUGGAAAUACGAUUAAAAGCUCAUGAGCUCUGGGAUGCAACUGGAUGCCUUUUUUUACAAGAAAAUGAUUCCGAUGAAAAAAUUAAAGACAAAAUGGAUUUCUUAACAGAAAAUCUUGAUCAUUAUCCCCCCAAUAUUAAAAGACCAAACUUGGGAUGCAGAUUAAUUGUUCAGCGAAAUAUUGGUAAACUUGUCGGUGGAAUAGUGAGAGAACUUGGAGACUGGAAGGCUGAUAUUCGUGUUAGAUCUGCUCAAUUGUUAGCAGUACUUACAUUAAAUGCUGAAGAAGAUAUUACACAACACAUUGAAAAAUUACUUCCAGGAAUGUAUAGAGCUUGUAACGAUCAAGAUUUGAGGGUAGUAGAUAAUGUAAUAAUAGCUGCAGAAUACAUGGGUUACUUUGUUCCACCUGAAACCUAUUGUCGAUUAGUACUUCCAACUUUAGAAGAUGGUAAUAUUACUGCUGGUCAUUUAGCAGUUCUUGCUGCUUUUUUACGUUGUACUGAACGUCAAUCUCUUAUCAGUAAACUCGAAGAUAUUGGAAGCUUUCUUAAAUUAUCACACAUUUGUCGCGGUAAAAAAACUGAUUAUCAAAAACAAAUAUUACGAUGUUGUCAAGCCAUCAUGAGUGUUUCUAAAGAAGACUGUAAUGUAAUAUCGAAUGAUUUAUUUACAAUAAUUUUUACUGUUUGGUCAAUGUCACAGCAAGAAGACAAUAAAAUUUUUGCCAAGCAACUAAUGGAAAAUUUGAUUGUUAUUACAAUGAGUGAAAAUUUUGAGGAUUUAUUUGAAAAUAAUUUACGCGAAAUUUUGAUAGAUAUUAAAAAUACAUCAAAAAGUUGGACUAUGUAUAGUCCAGAAGUUUAUAUAUUUAAAUUGUGUUUAACUGAAGCAAAAUCAGCAACUGCACAGAAUAUGGAUAUUGUCUUUCCAAUUUUAAAAGAUAUAAUGAACAAUGAUUCCGAUGCUGAAUUACGUCUUAAACUUUUUAUCAUACUAUCAGAUUUUUUUAAAAAUCGAAACAAAACAUUGAAAUUAAUAAAAAACUCAACGGAAUUUAUUAUAGAUUUUUUUGAUAAUAUUUUGAUGCCGAAAUUAAUUUGGUCAGCUGGUAGAGUUUCUGAAACUUUAAGAACUGCAGCUGUUGGUUGUUUGUGUGCUCUUUUUGAUGAUUCAACUUCAAUUGAUAGUAAUAAAUUAAAAUCACGAUUCAGCGACAUGGAAAAUGAUUCCAGUGACUUUAUUUUCAAUGAUAAAAAAUUGAUACCUAUUUUAGAAAAACUUUUACCAAUUUUAAUGUCAUUGAUUGAAGACAAUGCAAAAAAAACUAGACUUUAUGGAUUACGAGCAAUAUAUCUGACGAUAAAAAUUGGUUUGAAAUUAUCUUGUAUAUCGGACGAUGAUGUUAUUAAAAUUUAUCCAGCAGUUAUUAAAAGAUUGGAUGAUGGUUGUGAUGAUAUAAGACGUGGAGCAGUGGAAGCUCUUGUGUUUGUUUGGCGGGCAUUAUCGAAAAAUUAUGAUUUAGAUUUUGGAAAAAGUCAUAUUGAUUAUUUAUAUACAACUGCGAUUGUUCAUUUAGAUGAUCCAGAAAUUGAAUUUCAAAAUUUGAUGCUUGACGCAAUGAUGGAACUGGCAAAAAUUCAUCCGGAAUUAUUAGCAAAUAAGAUAAUAAAAUGUAAAAAUAAUUUUAAAAAUCAAACAGGUCUUGAUAAAUUAUUAAAACAUUGUCAUGAAUUAUUAAAAAAUAAGUAAGCUAAUUUUAUAUGAUAAUAAACUGA